CCCAAUUAGACCCCCUUUUACUCCUUUCAAAUGUAUGGCUUUUAUGCAAAUGCAUAAUAGCCACCAUUUGGAGAGGUAAAAGGAGGUCUAGGGUGGGGGCUUGAGACUCCAUAUAGGUGUGUCAUGUGUGAGUGGGGUGGUGUACAUUUGAGGUGGUGGAAGGAAAGGAUUGUCCACUGUAGUCCUGCAUAUGAUCAAACUGUGAGAUCGGGAGAAGAAGCUGAAAGCUGGAGCGAGUGAAGAUGGUGAGCAAAACAGAGGAGGACAGAGUGAACAGAUUGGGGAUUCAAGUGGACAACGGAGGUGGCGGCGCGUGGGAAUAUCUUUCUCUCGUCAGGAAACUUAGGCUCCGCAGAUCUGAUAAGGUCUUGAAGCACGGCAUCUCUCUCCUCAAUGAUGCCAAAUCUCGAUCUGCUCUUGGCACUGAAGAAUGGACCUUAUAUGAGCAGGUGGCUAUUGCUGCUAUGGACUGCCAAUGUCUUGACGUGGCAAAGGACAAGAUCAAUGUUUUGAAGAAAAAGUUUCCAGGAAGCAAACGAGUUGGCAGGUUAGAAGCAAUGUUGCUUGAGGCCAGGGGAUCAUAUGAGGAAGCAGGAAAAGCUUACUUGAGUCUUCUGGAAGAGAAUCCAUUUGAUCAGUUUAUACAAAAGCGAAGGGUAGCCAUGGCAAAGGCAGAAGGCAAUAUGUCAAGAGCAAUUGAAUUGCUAAAUAAGUAUCUUGAAAUAUUCAUGGCAGAUCAUGAUGCUUGGAGAGAACUUGCAGAAAUAUAUGUCUCCCUACAAAUGUAUAAGCAGGCGGCUUUCUGCUAUGAGGAACUCAUCUUAUCUCAACCAACGAUUCCUCUUUAUCACUUAGCUUAUGCUGAUGUUCUCUAUACUUUAGGUGGACUUGAUAAUAUUCAGACAGCCAAGAAAUAUUAUGCGUCUACCAUAGACUUAACCGGAGGCAAGAAUACCAGAGCCCUUUUCGGUAUAUGCUUGUGCACAUCUGCCAUAGCACAUCUGACUAAAGGAAGGGGCAAGGAAGACAAAGAGAGAUCAGAUCAGCUGCAAUCUUUGUCCUCUAAGGCCCUUGAGGAAGAUUACAAACAGAGAGCCACUGAAAAACUCUUUCUUCUCUCUUCGGCUUUUAAAAGCAUGAAGCUCUGAUCCUUUCGUUGCAUACUCCUACCAUGUUUUGAAGGGCAAUGCUAGGAGUACGCCGAAUGGUGUAUCCCAUUUGUACACCAAGGUUUUACAGAUACACACAGACACUCAAUGUCACAAUGUCAGUGCACCCUUGGCAUUAUUGAACUUUGAAUCGUCAAGGUCUGUAAGCCCGUACGACACAAAUUGUUUGUGUUACCCCCCGGUUUCUUUAAUUGUAACUCUAGAAAACCGCAUUUCCCCUGGGGAUUGUGGUUAUUGCAUGAAGUUAACAUAGAUAUUUCAUUUUUUUUUCUGUUUGUCUUUUUUGUUUCUCUUAGCAUGAGAUUUAACAGAACCUGUUCAUAUUAUUCGAAACAAGAAUAGAAGAGUAAUUGGACU